AUGGGCUAUAUAUCAUCAUGGGUAACGGUAGCCGUUAUCUCAUCACUCGCCCUGGUCUCUGCUGCGGCUCCGUCUCCCUUGGACCUAAAGUCUGACCUUACUAUCCUGGUCGAGAAUGACCUUGAGGGCCCUGGUAGCAAAUCUCCCGCAUCAGGUAUCAUUUUACUCAGUGGGCAGAACCACACGUUGACAGAAGCAGACAGCGCCUGCAAAGCAUUGGGCGAGCAGCUCUGGUCUCCAGCGCUGAAUAGAAGCACAGUGGAAGUUGUCCAGCGGCAGAUAGACUACCUAGUGCUUCGACAAUCCUUCACAAACGCUACAAGAUUUUGGAUUGCCCCUCAAAAAGGAGAUAAUGGCACUGUCGAUGGCCCGCACACCAUCAAUGCUGAAGGGCAUCUCCAGCCUCUCGAGAACCCCAACGAACAGUUGCCGGCUGUGUGCACGCAGUCAGCACCCUUCUCUAGCAUGUCGUCGGGAGAUACGAGCGAGACGUGGCGAGUUGCUGUCAAGGCCAAUGAUGAUACCCUAACCGGCUAUCGCGACCGCGUCAGUUUCCGCUUUUUGGGAAUCCGAUAUGCAUCACAGCCUGGACGGUUUAGAUACUCAACCCCCUAUCAGGGCUCAGGCGGUAACUACUCGGUACUGAAAAUCGCACCAGCGUGCAUCCAGUUGGAUGGCUCGGGCUCCGAGGACUGCCUGUUCCUCAACAUAUGGACCCCGUAUCUGCCACAGGAUGGCGCAUCCACCGCCAAGAAUAACCUCAGGCCGGUCAUGUUCUGGAUCCACGGCGGAGCAUUCACUUCGGCGAGCGGCGGCGACUCCUUUUCCGACGGUGGCAACUUUGCCUCCCGCAACGACGCCGUUGUGGUUGCCAUCAACUACCGUCUAGGGACACUUGGCUUCAUGGCCAUCGACGACGGCGAGACCAACGGCAACUAUGGACUUGCGGACCAGGUCAACGCUCUGGACUGGGUCAUUUCCAACAUCCGCAGCUUCGGCGGCGAUCCCAACCGCAUCACCAUCUACGGCCAAAGCGCAGGGGCAGCUUCAGUGCGCGCCCUGCUGGCCUCGCCCAAGGCCGCCGGCAAGUUCGCCGCCGCGAUACCCAUGAGCGGGCUCGGAGGGUUCAACUACGGCACCACUUAUGCAAAGUACUUCACCAUCGAGGAAGAAAUGAAGACAGUCGGGAAUGAAAUCUUGACCCUCACCGGCUGCAGCACGGCCGUCUCCCGAGUCGACUGUCUCCGCCAAGUGCCCCUGUCAGAGCUACUCACCAUCACCCCAGCACGAUAUCUCGUCGUCGACGGCACCUACCUCACCACCGACGAGCUCGAACUCAAAUCCGGCCCACCCCUCUCAGUUCACCUGAUGAUGGGCUCCGUCCGCGAAGACGGCGCCCCCUUCAUCGCAUACCCCACAACCACCAACGAGACCGAGUACCUAGCCCAGAUCGGCUUCAACCCGCCUUCCCCAAGCCUCUUCCCCAUCCCGACCACCACCACCAACUCAACCCUGAACCUCUACAACAUGGCCUCCCGCCUCGCCACCGACGCCAUGUUCCGAUGCAUCGACCAGGCCACCGUGCACGCCGCCCUGCGCAGCGGUCGCCUGGGCACGGGGCGCGCCUUCUACUACGAAUUCGACCGCACCUACCAGACGGCCGGCUGGCCGCGGCUGGACGUGUGCGAACCGCCGCGCACCGCCGCCAAACCCAACGGCGACCCGUCGCUGCCCUACCUGCGCUGCCACUCGGGUGAGCUCAACUACGUGUUUGGCAACGUGGUGCGCGAGGACAGACCGGCCCGCGACGACGCCGAUUUCCCGUUCCAGCGCCUCGUCGUCGACAUGUUUGGCGCCUUUGCCCGCGACUACGACCCGAAUCCGGACGAGUGCUUCUUGGAGACUAGGGGUUACGCCGAGACGCUGAGUGAGGUCCGUCGGUCAGGGCAAUGGCUCCCCGCCACCAAGGAUGGCGUGACGCUCAGAGAGCUCGAUUGGCCGUCGCGGCAGGGUCCGUUUAGGGAGCUGCCGCAGUGCGAAUCGCUGGGGUUGGGGCUGGGUUACUAUGAGUGA